GUGAGGAGGGUACUGGGGAGACGCCAGGGUGGAGUCACCGCUUUGGUGGUGGGAAGGAAGCAGAAAGGUGCCGUGUGAAGAACACCCACGCCCUUUCCUCUACCCCCACACUCAAGUCCAGGUGGGGAGAGAGGACCAGAGUCUUCCUCUCUACGCCAGAUCAUCGGAACACACCCAAGGCUGAGAAAAACCAACAGGCACCCACAUUUACACCCCCAUCUCUUCAUUCCCAACAGGGAUCCAAAAUAAAGAAUCCUCAUGAAGGGCGAAACUCCAGUAAACAGCACUAUGAGUAUUGGGCAGGCCCGGAAGAUGGUGGAGCAACUGAAGAUUGAGGCCAGCAUGUGCAGGAUAAAGGUCUCCAAGGCUGCUGCGGAUCUGAUGACUUACUGUGAUGCCCACGCCUGUGAGGACCCUCUCAUCACCCCUGUGCCCACCUCCGAAAACCCGUUCCGAGAGAAGAAGUUCUUCUGUGCCCUCCUCUGAGCUAUGUCUGUCUCCCAACCUCACCCCUUUGGGCCCAGGGGGCCAACUGGGCUGCUCAGAUUCCCUUCUCUCCCCUGCCCCAUCCCUCACAUCCUCCAGUCCCGGGACACCCUUAUCACUGCUCAGCGUUGAAUUGGGUUUGUGCAGGAGAAGGCUGCAAUGUACCCCCAAGCCCAACUUUUGGCUGUUUUGGGGAAGGGGUUGGCAGGGCAGUUGUCGAGGUUUCCACUUUCAAUUUCCCCCCUCCACAAUGUGUCAUUGCAAGGCUAACUUCUCCAUACACUUCAACCGAGCACAAUUCAAACUCUGCAAGUGAUAUGGAUACAGCGGCCCCUCCAGUUUCCUUCUAAGUGGACCACAGUCAACACAGGGUGGGAAGAAGGCACCCAUUCUCCUCAAAACGAGACCUAGAGGUAUUAACUGCCCCCUACUGUAUGCCCAAUCUAUGAAUGGUUUUGCUACAAACUGCCCCCCCCGUCCCACCCACCCCACCUAUUUCAACCAAGUUUUGGUCCUUAUGGCCAGAGGGACUGAAAAGUUUCACCCUCCCCGCAAAAAAAAUUCUACCCAGGGGGGAAAAGAGCGAGGGGUUUUGAUUUCUUCCAAAACAGGCCGAGGCGGCUUGUGCCACACACACCUGCCCAACUCACACUGUAUCAGAGAGCACAGAAAGUAAUAAAAUUAACUGGAGCCACUCAA